AUGGAUACGAAAGACAUACUUCUCACUUUGGAAUCAAUAAAAAAGGCCUGUGGGGCUUUAUGCCGCCAAGAGCAAAGACGGACUCUCUUAUCCAAGGACACUAGACUUUUUUUGGAAUCAGUUUUUGAGAAAAAGAGAUCUCCUAAUUCAAGAGAACGUAAGGCAAUUGCAGACAAAUGCGGCUUAACGCAUUUUGACACAGUGUUUUUUAAUAUCAUCUUCUUUUUCAAACUUCUCUCAAAUUUGCGAAGUUAUUUGAAAACAUUAAAAACUUGA